AUGUCCAAGCAAGGUUGUGGUGGCUCCUUCGGUAUGAAAUUCCAGAUUUCUCUGGGUCUUCCGGUAGGGGCUGUGAUCAGCUGCACUGAAAACACAGCAACCGAAAAUCUGUAUAUCAUCUCUGUGAAGGGGACCAAGGGAGGACUGAACAGAUCUCCUGUCGCUGGAGUGGGUGACGUGGUGAUGGCCACAGAGCUUGGAAAGAAGGGACCUUCAGCAGUGGGAGUUCAGAAAGCCAGACAAGAGAAAAGAUGGUGUGUUUCCCUCCUUGAAGAUAACGCAGGGGUCACAGUAAACAAAAAGGUGAAAGGUUUUUCUGUCCGGGACCAGUUUCACAGGAGUGUGCAGACUUGA